AUGCUGGGGCCGAGAGAGAGAUCCCUCACGGCACGAGAGGAAGUUGAUGAUGCUCUUGGUGCUGGAAGGCUGAUGAAGAGAACAUGUUUUAUUGUUGCGUCUUCACGUGAUGUUUAUGGAGGCCAGAAAUGUCUUACUGCUGCCACUGACGCUACCACCACUGACGCUACCACUGACACUACCACCACUGACGCUACCACUGAAACUACCACCACUGGCGCUACCACUGACACUACCACCACUGGCGCUACCACUGAAACUACCACCACUGGCGCUACCACUGAAACUACCACCACUGACGCUACCACUGAAACUACCACCACUGGCGCUACCACUGAAACUACCACCACUGGCGCUACCACUGAAACUACCACCACUGGCGCUACCACUGAAACUACCACCACUGGCGCUACCACUGAAACUACCACCACUGAAACUACCACCACUGGCGCUACCACUGAAACUACCACCACUGGCGCUACCACUGAAACUACCACCACUGGCGCUACCACUGAAACUACCACCACUGGCGCUACCACUGAAACUACCACCACUGACGCUACCACUGAAACUACCACCACCACCACUGCUGCUUCCACUUAA